UAAUUAAUUAUUGAGGACUAACAAAGAAUCCCGAUUCCAAAAGAAAAUGGCGGCAAAUGCGUUGAAAUUCAUAGUUACUUCCUAAGCUAACCUAGGGUUUGUCCUUUCUCACCAUCUCCACCACUGCAACAAUGUUCGGAGCUCAGCCCUCCUCCGCCUUCGGCACUCCAUCAUUCGGCACACCUUCGUCAACCCCAGCAUUCGGCACACCUGCGUCAACCCCAGCAUUCGGCACACCUUCGUCAAACCCAGCAUUCGGCACACCUUCAUCAACCCCAGCAUUCGGCACGCCGUCAACUUCAUCAUUUGGCACUGGUUUUGGAUCGACACUAUUUUCAACACCAUUUUCACAGCAAUCACAGCCACAUCAACAGCAACAAACUUCCUUAUUUCAAACACCUCAGAGUUCGUCCCCUUUCAGCUUUUCCACACCCUUGAAUACUGCAACACUAGCCCAAUCCAGUCCAUUUGGUACUUCCUUUCCAUUUGCAAAUGCCCAGUUGACUACUCAGAUGGCUCCCGUGGCUCCACUCCCCUUUUCUCUCGCUGAUAGGGAUAUCCAAGCAAUUGUUGAUGCGUACAAGGAGGAGCCUGGUAACCGUAAAUAUGCUUUCAAGCAUCUUUUGUCCAGUGUGACGGAACCUCAAUAUAGGACGAAACCUGCAGGGGUAUCUGAUAUAAUGUGGGCAGAGGCGAUGGGCAAACUUGAAGGCAUGGAGAGUACUGACCGUGAGCGCCUGUGGCCUCAACUUGUACACGGCUUCAAGGAUCUUUCCCAACGGCUCAAGCUUCAAGAUGAAGUCAUAGUUUCAGAUGCUGAGAGGCUGCAAAUGACGCAGAACAAUGUGAAAAUGUUGCAAAGGCAUUUUCAAGCUGAUACCCUUCCUUGGAUUGAAAGAAUGAGACACAAAGAGCAAGGUCUUCAAAGACGCCUUUUGAGGGUGAUGAGAAUACUAGAGGCACUUGAAGGUAAAGGUUGUCGAUUGCCUUUGAUGAAAGGAGAAGCUGAAUUGGCAGAGAAGUUGGCAGCCAUCACGAGACAGUUAAAAGGUUCUGGAGCAGAACUUUCUAGGAGGGUUCAGAAUCUGCUCACCAUAUGUCGUGUUCAAAAUGGCCUUGGAAGUGGUUCUGUUUAUCUCCCUGGCUCAACUAAGAUCCAUGAGCAGAGUCUUGCUGACAUGCAGGAGAUGUUUGGACAUGCAAUUUGGAAUGAUGAUUUCAAAUUCCAAAUUCUUCAAAGAGCAGGAUUUGAUGUUCCAUGUUUUUUAUAAUGUAAAACUUGACCCCCAUAAGUUUAAAUUUUGUAAAAAAAUGAUCCACCAUUUUAAAAUUUGCAAAAAAUACUCAUGCUCGUCUUGAAGAUAUUGUCCGUACCAUGUGAAAAGAUUAUAUUAAUGAAAAGCUAGUUGCUACAAUUGUGGACGAAUAAAUUCUUUAUAAAAUUGUGUAUAUUUGGAAGUAUGUAAUAUCAAAUAUUUAUUUAUAAAAGGAAGAUGAAGAUAUUGAUUUA